UCGGCUGCGCGCCAUGGCCCGGGGCCUGCGCGGCUCCCCGCGUCGCGGCCUCUGGCUGCUCCUGGCGCAUCUCCUCUCGCUGGUCACCGCCUGCCGGGACGCUGACCUCGGCACCCUCCUCCGGGAGCUCUGCCUCGCCCAGUUCAAGGCGGACAUGGAGGCUGUCGGGGAGACACUGUGGUGCGACUGGGGCAAGACCAUCGGGAGCUACGGAGAGCUCACUAACUGCACCUGCCUGGUGGCGGGAAAGCUGGGCUGCUUCUGGCCCAACACGGAAGUGGACAAGUUCUUCAUCUCUGUCCACCAGCGCUACUUCAGAAGCUGCCCUGUCUCCGGCAGGGCCGUGCGGGACCCGCCCCACAGCGUCCUCUGCCCCUUCAUCGUGGUCCCCAUCCUGGUGACCCUGCUGGUGACGGCGCUGGUGGUCUGGAAGAGCAAGCGCACGGAGGGCAUCGUGUAGGCGGUGGCCCGGGGCUGCCCCCAGAUGCACUAUGGCUGCAGGGCAAGACGGGGAGGGUGGGGCAGGGGGAGCAUGGGCCGGGCCCUGAGUCCCCUCUUCUAGCUGGCCGGAUGUCCUGGCAGUCGUGGCUCAGGCAUCCGCCUUGCAGCACCCCAGCUGGUUUACCUCUGGGAAGGGCCCGCAGCCCCGCGCCCCCCAGCCUGCCAGACUGCUCACCCCACAGACGCGUCUGUGGACGAGUAGUGUGCGAUUAAAAGGAUGUUCGUGAA